UGCCCAUUUGCCAGCCAAAUACAUAGACUGGAGCAGAGGCAACAGUGUGUGCAUUCAAAAUGGAUUUUCAAAAAGGGCCUGUGUCCUUAAAUGUGGUAGGUAAACUAGAUGUAAAUGCCUCAGACGUCCGUCACAGUGUGUGCCGAAUGUCUACAGACUAAAUUACACUUAAUGGCCAUGUCAUCAUCUGGAACAGUUCACCCAUCUCUCAGACGACACUUCAAUUUCAAUUUGUUCAGUUUAAAGUGUGUUUAUGCGUUAGUUUGACCUGCUUCGGGGGGGCGGGGUCAUUGUACUCGAAAAGCAAAAUAAAGAAAAAGAUGAAUUUGCUUCAGGGGAAAUUUGAAUCUUUUGCACGACUGUUAGCCAAAUCCCUCAUGCAAAUGGGUUGAAAUUCUGAGGAAAGGAGCUACUUAAAGAAGAGGGAUCUCAACAUAAAGCACAGAGACACGACAGCUUACAUCCCUCCUCUCACAGCCGCACAGGACUGAAUCUAAGCAGCUGAAAUGGCAAACCUGAAGACCGGAGCCGCAGACGACUGGAUCAGAUCUCUCAUUCAGGAGUCCCACAAGGCCAAAGAGUUCUCUUACUGCCCUUACAGUGAGCUCAGGGUGGGAUCAGCCCUGCUAACAGAAGAUGGGCAGAUCUUCUCAGGUUGCAAUGUUGAGAAUGCGUGCUUCUACCUCGGCCUGUGUGCAGAGAGGACUGCUAUAAACAAGGCUGUUUCUGAGGGUCACAGGAAAUUUAAGGCUAUUGCUGUUUCCAGUGAUCUUGAGGACCGGGUGAUCCCUCCUUGUGGAGCCUGCCGACAGGUCAUCAGGGAGUUUGGAGACAUCCCCGUCUUCAUGACCAAGGUGGAUGGAUCCUACACCAUGAUGACACUGGAGGAGCUGCUUCCUCUCUCAUGGGGCGCUGAGUACCUGAAGAAACAGGAGACAGACUCCCUGAAGAGAAACUGAACAGGAUUCAAGGAUCUGAUUGAUUGAUUUCACUCAUAACUUCAGCGUUGUGUUUUCUCUCAAUCCUGUUUUUUAAGCAUUGUGUCUUCAAAAGUUGUAUCAGACACUAUGUUGGAUUAUUAUAC